GCGGGAGCCGGGCAGGGGCGCGCGCCAGAGGUCACGCUCGCCGGAGCUCCGCCCCAACGGGGACUGGAACCCGGCGCUGAGCCGGGUGGAGAGGGGCCUCCGGUGACCACCCUUACCUGGCACCCCCUAACCCGGGAGGGGCGUGGGCCUCUCGGGGAGCGAGCUGCGGGUAGCGGCGCACCGGGGACAGGCGCGCGCUUGGCCGUCGCCUCUCCGCUGUGUUUGGGAGGACUCGAACUGGCGCCAGGAAAUACUAAGAAGCUGUGAUUUUCAAAGCUAAUUAUGAAAACAUUUAUCAUUGGAAUCAGUGGUGUGACAAACGGUGGGAAAACAACACUGGCUAAGAAUUUGCAGAAACACCUCCCAAACUGCAGUAUCAUAUGUCAGGAUGAUUUCUUCAAGCCAGAGUCUGAGAUAGAGACAGAUAAAAAUGGAUUUUUGCAGUAUGAUGUGCUUGAAGCACUUAACAUGGAAAAAAUGAUGUCAGCCAUUUCCUCCUGGAAGGAAAACGCAAGAUGCUCUGUGGUAUCAACAGACCGGGAAAGUGCUGAGGAAAUUCCCAUUUUGAUCAUCGAAGGUUUUCUUCUUUUUAAUUAUAAGCCUCUGGACACUAUAUGGAAUAGAAGCUAUUUCCUGACUAUUCCAUAUGAAGAAUGUAAAAGGAGGAGGAGUACAAGGGUCUAUGAGCCUCCAGACUCUCCGGGAUACUUUGAUGGCCACGUGUGGCCCAUGUAUCUAAAGCACAGACAAGAAAUGCAGGAUAUCACCUGGGAAGUUGUUUACUUAGAUGGAACAAAAUCUAAAGAGGACCUCUUUUUGCAAGUAUAUGAAGAUCUCAUACAACAGCUAGCAAAGCAAAAGUGUUUGCAAGUAACAGCAUAAAGAUGGAAUGCAGCAAAUCCUUCCUGAAGUGAAUUGAGAAACUCAAAGGAGUAAUUGAAGAACCUUAACCAAGAUACAGUGUGUACUGUGAUGGCCAUUGGGUCAUAUGUUUGAUUUUAUUACACAUGGUUUUACCAACAUAUGGAACAGUAAAUAUCUGUGCCAGUGGACAGGACUCUACCUUAGCAAGUUGCUCCCUCUCCAGGGAGCACAUUAAGAUAGAGCAGAGCUCAUAGUGGGUCAGAACGUCUCCACUUUCUGAACCUAGCUCUGUAACAAUGAUUGGCAAACUUAUCUAACUGGGGCUCAGAGUAAGAAAUGAGGAUUACAUCACAAU